UACCAGUCCUGAGCUCAGAGCAUUUCCAGUUCUUUGAAAACCGAAUGGUGAAUUCAUGUCGCUUACAGCAAGCUAACAGUGGAUAACUAAGAUAAUGCUUUGGAUCUUGAUGAACUUCAAUCAGGCCUACCAGUGAGAAGCAAAGGGAGUUGAGCUCCACUAUAUUUGGAAAGUGUUGUUGCUAGGAUGAACCCUGGGUUUUCCAAAUCUCCUGGCCAGCAAGGCCCCCAGCAUGAGAGUUAUGAAGAAAAAUAUGAGCGCCGGUGCGAGAAGCACGAACGCCUGCUCAGAAGAAACAACAAGACCACAUGUCGUCUCACAGGCAAAUGCCAAAGCAAAGAAGCCAAGGAACCAGCUCAGAGCCCUCGACAAAAAGAAUUCUUCCGAAGAAGGAAUUUAACAACUGAAGAGCUUGGAAGGAGAAAAACAAUGUUGCCUCCUGGCAAGAGCUCUUUAUUUCCUGUAAACUGUUCUGGCAAUCUAGGGGGAAUACCACCUCAGAUCUAUUUGAACUAUUUGUCAAAUACCCAGCCUCAUACCAAAUCCAUACAGCAUAACUUCAGUAAUAGUUUUCUUCUUAACAAAUCAUCCGAAGCCAUGGUCAUUGUGAAUGUUCCCAAAAACUGUAAAGGUACACAAACCACAAAAGAACUAAGUUCUGAAAAGAAAAACUCCUGUCAGCAAACAGAUUGUGGAACAGCAGUGUUAGAUAAGGAAAUUACUCAACUUUCCAACUACCUCAAUGAGGCACUACAUCGAGAACUAGUAUUGAAGCAGAAAAUGGUGAUCUUACAAGAGCUUCUAGCCAUGUUGUUAGAAGCAGCAGAAAAAUCUUGGAAGGGUCAGUUCAAUGAAGACAAACUUAAAUGCAGACUGAGCGUGCUAGAGAAUCAACUGCAAAUAUGUACACAGAGUUAUUCAAAGCAAGGCUUAAAAAGGAUUCUCCUUGAGAUGGAAGAUCAAAAGCAGAAUUAUGAACAGAAAGUAAAAGAAUCUCUUCAGAAACUGCUUGAGGAGAAAAUGCAGGCACAAAAGCAAUUUCAAAAUGCCCAGAGAGCCCUAACUGUUGCUGAGGAUGACUGUAGCCUCUGGAAAGAUCAACUUGACAACUUAAAAAAAGAUUGGAGUCAAUUAACUGACCAUCACUCUGAAGUCAAAAGCAAGCUGCAUGCCUUGGAGAAUAAACUGCAGUGGUCAGACACUCAGAACUCUCAACUUCAACAAGCCCUAAAAGAAAUGGAGAAUGAGUGUGCAAAUCUUUAUUCAAGAAUUGAUAAUCUGCAAGAAGAAAAUAUACUCCUCAUGGAGUAUCUUGGGGAAGUUGAAGGCAAGCUGCGGACUGAAGAAAAGCAAACAUUCAUAAUGGAGUCAACAAUUAAACAUCUUCAAAACCAGAUUGUCACAGUGCCCAAUGAAGUCCUCAGAUGGGUAACAACUAAGCAGAAUGUCCCAUCAGAGGAUCAAGAGGGAGAGAAAGAGAGCAGCCUGAGAGAGGAACUGCAAAAAAGGACAUCCCAGCUUGCAGCUAAGAAAAAAGAGUGCACUGAUCUCUGUCAUAAACUAGAGAUCCUGAACAAUGAAUAUAGCAGUUGCCUUGUGAAUUUACAGCAUUGUCGUGAUGAACUGAAGCACUCUCAAAGCAAACCAGCCCAGGUAAGAACUUCCAUUUGUGCCACCUAUUGCAACCUUAAUAAUCAAAGAUAUAGUACAGAUUUCCCCAAUCAACUUGGCAUUCUACCGAAACUGGGAUUCAAAUGCCCAGAAUUUACAUAAAUCCAACCAUUUUCCUCAGUGGAUAGCAUAUUUAGAAGUUGAAAUCCUAACCAAUGCAAACAGUUCUUGGUUGGCAAUAUUGUUGUAGCCCACCUUCCUUGUUUUGGUGCCCUGCUCAUGGAUUUGAACUUGGAUGUUUCAAAAAUAAAAAUGCGUAUAUAUGCAAUAAAAAUAAAGAUAUGGCGAUGCUACAUUACUAUUAAGGAGACUGGAAAUCCUGGGAUAUACAAACUGGGUAUUUUUAAAUUAGACAUAAAUAUUUUUCUUUAUUAUAACCUGUCCAGAGUCACAAGUGAGAGGGUAGUGUAGAAAAUGAGAUUAAUAAAUAAAGUCCCUUUAUACACUUGUAAUUUUCUUAAGAACUAUGCACAAAAGAUUCACCUUGUGUCUAUGCAGUAUCUCUAUGAAAUGUAGCUUUUAAGAUAAUCUUUUUACCAAAACACACUGAAUAACAUUGAUUAUAAUCAUAAUUCAUCUAUCUUCAGCAUCGACUGUAUAGUUCUUUUUAUUUUUGUUUUUGCCAUUGUAGAGGAAAAAAGACUCUUUUAUUUCUGAUACAUAUAUUUUAAUCAAAUAGAAGUAGAAGCGGAAUAAAAUAACAAUCUGAAAGCAGAAUAGAAGUGCCACUACAUGACCAGGAGUAUUUUUUUUCUGACUAUGUACUUUAUUUAUAAUCAAUGUAUUACCUCAAAACAUUU